GUGGAUCUUUCGUGAUGUCGGAAUAGGGCCCGUAUAAUUUUUAAGUUUGUGUUCCAGGACAUUUUAAACUUACCAAAACUAGUGACAAUAAAAUUGGUAUCGACAUCAAUUUGAAUUGAUUCUGGUAGUUCACAUUAUUACCGCAACUCGUUGACCACAGCGGCAUCAGAAAAUGCACAUCGUGUUUCUAAUUUUAAUCAUCGGCAGUAAUUUUCGGGCUUUCAAAGCUGAAUGGAAUCCAUUGAUCGUAUAUGAAGGUGGUGAGACGAUUGGUUUCAGUACCAAAAUAGAAUUAGCCAGGUCUGUUUUGUGUUCAACUGGACAAAGUCAACAGCAAUGCACGAUCCUCCGUAGAAAUUGUGAUAAGGAAAUCACUACGUCCCUUUGUUUGUCGUCAAAUAUACCAAAAAAUAUUACCAGCAUGUCACCGACCAACUCAUCACACUACAUAAUAUCUACAAUCCAUAACACAACAGAUCCAGAGUUCCUACAAUUCAUCCUGCCAGUAAUCGAACAGAUAGUUUCCCUGCCAGAGGAUAAAUUGCAUCCCAGUCCCAUUACCAACUCCUUAUUCACAUCGCUAGUCAAUCUCAUUUGUGUGGAUGAUCUCAAGGGCGAUACGAUUUCGACAAUUUUGUCUCAUCACGAUAUUAUUGGCUAUCAACAGCAGCUUAUGCAAAAAUGCUCGUCAGCCGAGUACUUUUUGGAAGUUGAUUUCGCCCGUCAAGUUCAAUCUGGAGCGAAAUCAAUUGAAGAUUUCUUGUAUUACGAGAACUAUGUGUCGUUGGUGCAGUUCGAAAUGGAGAGUCUGAAGAUAUACGCUGGAAAUGUUUCCAUCAAUCGAGCUGUUGUGAUCGGUUCCGGCCCAUUACCUCUAACCUCUGUGGAAGUAUUGAAACAUUUACCUCCAUCGGCUGUGAUUAUCAAUUACGACCAUUCUGCGGAAGCAGUGGAGCUAGGCACAAUUGUGAUCAAUAAAAUAUCGAGACUUUCCGUCGAACAUCGCUCUGCGUUACAAAUAACAGCAAAGGAUCUUGAGGAAGUCGAUCUUGUCUAUUUAGCCGCGCUGGUUGGAAUUGAUAAAGCCGAGAAAAUGGAGAUCAUGAAACAUUUGUACGACGUGAUGAGACCUGGAUCAAUUUUGAUUGCGAGAAGCGCCAUCGGACUUAAGACACUGGUCUAUAGAAGAUUGACGAUUGAAGAAUUCGGAGAAUUUUCCAAUAUUCAAGAGUUUCAUCCUAAGGACAAGAAAGUGCUGAAUUCAAUUGCUUGUGGUACACGAUAAAUUCCAGAAUUGUUUGACGUUAUACUGUAAAUAAUAAAAGUAAAAAAAAUGGUUCGAAGUUAAUUAGUGGCAUAGCACUGCUUCUAGCAUUAACAUAGAAAAUAUCAUGAAGAGUCAAACUGUCUUCGUGAGGGUUAAAACCGUUAAAACACACAACCCAUACAAGUGUAUACAGUG